AUGGCGCCCACGGCAGCGUCUUUGACGCCUGGGUUUGCCAGUUUCCAGAAAGUCCUAUCCACAGAGCCGCUCGAAACUUCAACAACGUAUCUGGUCUCAUUGCUUAAGAGACGGCAAAUAAGAGGCUCCAAACGAUGCGCUAUUGUCACUACCCUCCUCCUGCUCCGCACCGUUGAGCUGACCAAACAAGUCGACUCAGUCAGACUGAUCCAGAGAGUCAGAGAGGUUGGCAAAAAGCUCGUUGAAGCUGCUCCUCACGAACCCGCCGUUGGGAACAUCGUUCGCCGAGUCUUGGGAAUCAUACGCGAAGAAGACGAAGAUGAUGCUGCGGGCACAAAAGGUGGAGAUGAGAUGAGCUCUGUUGGUGGUGAUGCUGAUAUUGAAUCGCCUUCGACGUUGGAACCCACGCAAUCAAGAAACAUCUCCCAUACGGUCGUUAAUGGCGAUGCUUCCAGUCCCUCACCUCCGAAAGGCACUGCAAGUCCACGUCCCCCUUUACUGAGCUCGCGCACUGGCGCCCCAGAGACCGCCCGCCCUGUGACGUCUAUGUUCAGCAUCAAUGCCCAUCCAACAAUGCGAAUGCUCGGUGGUCCAAAUGACUCGCCCUUGAGUCGCAGCGGGCAAGCUACCCCACAGCUGCAUCCUGCAGGGACAUUUCAGGCGAAUAUCCGUCCCGAAGUGAUCAAGGGGAUUAAGGAGAUCAUUGAUGAGAUCAACGCUGCCGACGAUGAAAUCGCCACUGCUGCACUCGACCAAAUUCAUCCGCAAGAAACCAUCUUCACAUAUUCCUCUUCCUUGACGGUCCAGCGGUUCCUCCUUAGGGCCGCCUCAAAACGGAAGUUUACAGUUGUCCAUGCGGAAGCAUAUCCCAACAAUCACCUCCAGACACACGCUUUGCUGACCGGGAACCAAGAUGUUGUCACAGAGGACGAGGACAAUCUGCCUAACGACACUUUCUCAAAGACAUUGACGUCGGCUGGUGUUACGGUCGUGGUGAUCCCCGAUUCGGCAAUCUUUGCAGUCAUGUCUCGCGCAAGCAAGGUCAUACUAGACGCCCACGCUGUUUUAACGAAUGGUUCCAUAGUUGCUGCGGCGGGAAGCAAGGCCGUCAUCAAAGCUGCCAACUUCCACCGCAUUCCCAUCAUCGUGUUGGCAGCAACAUACAAACUCUCUCCAGCGUACCCUUAUGAUCCGUUCAGACUGAUCGAGUAUAGUGAGGCGGGAAAGGUGGUACCGUUCCAAGAGGGCGAAUUGCGCCACGGAUUGGAAGAAGGAACGAGGAAUCCAUUAUAUGAUUUCGUCGAGGCAGGCGAUGUGGAUUUGUUCGUCACCAAUGAAGUGCCGGCUGUUGUCAGCACGGGAUACCUUUAUAGGGUUGUGAGGGAGCAGUAUCGGGAUGAGGACUUGCAGCUGUGA